UGUGAAGCCGAAGGGCGGAGCUGUUAUAUGACGCUGCAUAAUGACGUCGACGAGGUAAUAAGUAGCUGUCCUGCACACAGUCUGUAUCGUGUCUGUGUGUGAAGUCAGAAGGGACACACUGGCUUCAUAAACUAACCUCUGGUUGUUUGUCCUGGACUAGUUUCAACACAAGCAGUGACAUGGAGGUCAGCGCUGAAGCCAAGAGGAUCAUGGCCGUGGCUUUGGGGAAACUGUACAGCUCCCGUGCGCAGCGAGGGGGACUCCGUCUCCACCGGAGUCUCUUGCUGACUCUGGUGAUGAAAUCCGCCCGAGACAUCUACCAUGCGGCGCAGCCGGCGGCAGAAAGCGUUGCACCCGUGUGUGAACAAGAGCGCUCCAUGGUGCAUCCAGAGCUCCAGACUCCCUCCGAGCAGCCUCGGACUUUACUCAGUGAGGAGGUCGUAGGCACCCCCACAGAGCUGCCCCGCGACACACACACGCGUACUGGCACAGAAAACAAGGAGAACCAAGACCGGACUGGCCCUGCACAACACUCGAGGAAGAGACAGGGCAAAACGGCCACCGAGCCGGACUUUCUGCCAUGUAAGAAAGCAAAACUUGAGAAGGGAAACAACCCUCAACAGCUCCUUGAAAAUUCAGUUUUGAUAGAUUGUGUGAACUGCAGUAGUGACCUGGGAGCACCCCCGACCCCCAUGCCAAUACAGAGAGUCAUUGCAGCGUGUUGAAACCCUGCGCAAAGGGACAAGAGAACCUUUUCUACGUGGCCGGGCAGCCAGAUCACACCGGCAGUGGGCUUGUCCCAGGGACGGUUGGAUUAACACCUGGAAUGGUGAAGCCCCAAAGUCCAAACAUGUCACUGAACAAGCCUGGGCAUGUUACAGGGAUCACGGAAGCAGCGCAAAGUGGUGCCUACUAAUCACAGUGACUUAUUAUGGGCCAUAGCUCGGACCAGGGGCUGACUUCAGCUGGUCAAAGGCAGAACUGAAGGAACUAGUUCAUUUGGAUUUGAAGCUGCAUUUAUGAACACUGAUCUGCUUAGGAACUCUAACCUGUACUCAGCAGAUGUAACGUGAUGAGUGUCUACAUCCUCCCUGAAGGAAAGGUUGAUUUAUUUGAAGUGUAAAACAUUUUAUGACUACAGCUACCUCAGUAUUUAUUAAACAUUUUCUACUCAAACUGAAUCUG